AGACCUCUCCUCCGCCUUUCCCGUGUCGUGUCCCCCGCAGCAAUCACCGCGAGGGUUUCUUCCAAUCCCGUUCGUUCCGUUCCAGUUCCAGCAUGGCGGAGCAGCCGCAGGAAGGCGGCGCGAGCCCCAAGCACGAGUCCCUGAUGGAGAAGCUCGCCGACAAGCUCCACGUCGGCGGCGGCAAGGGCGACUCCUCGUCCUCGGACUCCGACAGAGACGAGCCGCCCCACCCCUCGGCGCCGCCCACCGACGAGGUCAAGCAGCCCUCAUUCUCCGACUCCACCGCCACGGCGGCCGCCGAGGCCAAGGCCAAGGUGUUCCGCCUCUUCGGCCGCGAGCAGCCCAUCCACAAGGCGCUUGGUGGAGGCAAGCCUGCUGAUGUGUUCCUGUGGAGGAACAGGAACAUCUCCGCCGGAGUACUUGGUGGAGCCACAGCAAUCUGGAUCCUAUUUGAAUUGCUUGGCUACCAUCUUCUUACUUUUGUUUGCCAUGGUCUCAUAUUCUCUCUGGGUGUUCUCUUUCUCUGGUCUAAUGCUUCAUCGUUUAUCCACAAGUCUCCCCCAAAGAUCCCAGAGGUGGUCAUUCCUGAAGAUUUAGUUGUCAACAUUGCGGUAUCCACUCGUUAUGAGAUCAACAGGGCCUUUGCUAAUCUCCGCCGAAUUGCUCUUGGCCGGGACAUUAAGAAGUUCCUAAUGGUUAUUGCUGGGCUUUGGUUGCUUUCUGUCCUUGGAAGUUGCUGCAACUUAUUGACCUUAGUCUACAUUGUGUUUGUGGUGCUGCACACAGUACCUGUCCUGUAUGAGAAGUAUGAGGAUCAGAUUGACACCUAUGGCGAGAAGGGGUGGGUUGAGAUUAAGAAGCAGUACGCCGUGUUCGAUGAGAAGGUUCUGAGCAAAGUACCAAGGGGUCCCGCGAAAGACAAGAAGCACUAGAAGAAGUGAUUCGAGGUUUGGCUCUCAGUAGGGAAUGGUAGCAAUCGGUUUGAGUCUCAUCAGGAGACAGCGCUUGUGGGUAUGAAGCGCCAAUUUGCCACCUAUGCAUCGUGUUGUGUAUGGCUGCUUUUUGUUUGAUAUUUGAUGGGAGUAGCCGAAUUGCUAGCUUUACCCUUCAUCAGCGAUGCAUACACAGCAUACGGUUUUUCGGUAGUGCUGUUUGAUUUUGAUCUGUGUUGUAAGAUGUCAUGCCAAGACUGUACCUGAGACACUGUUUUUGAUACCGAUGCAGUUUGGAAUUUGAUGGUUUUUGUGCUC